CGCCCUGUGCCCGGGGGGGCCGCGGCCAAAGGCCGGGCAGGAACAUCAUAAAUUCCUAAUACAAGGCCGCGGCUUCUUCGGCAACGGAUCCCGCGAGGGCAGGCUGAAACCGCCAUGGAUCUCCUGCCCCACUUUUCCUCUGUCACUUGGCUGCUCCUCGCCGCGUUCCUCGGCCUCCUGCUGCUGUAUGGGAUAUGGCCCUAUAGGACCUUCAAGAAGCUGGGCAUUCCUGGGCCACAACCUGUGCCAUUUUUCGGGACUUUCCUGGAGUACCGGCGUGGUGUCCGGGAUUUUGAUCAGAUGUGCUUUGAAAAAUAUGGGAAAAUCUGGGGGAUUUAUGAUGGCAGGCAGCCUGUGAUGGCUGUUUUGGACCCCACCCUCAUCAAAACCAUCCUGGUGAAAGAGUGCUAUGGCAUUUUUACCAAUCGCCGGAACUUUGGCCUGAACGGGAUCCUGGAGUCAGCCCUCAACGUGGCUGCAGAUGAGCAGUGGAAAAGGAUCCGUACUGUGCUGUCUCCAACCUUCACCAGUGGGAGGCUGAAGGAGAUGUUCCCUAUCAUUAAUCUCUAUGGUGAAAAAUUAGUGAAGAACAUUGAGAAAAAAGUGGCUAACAAUGAGUCCCUGAACAUGAAGGACAUUUUUGGAGCCUACAGCAUGGAUGUGGUGACCAGCACUUCUUUCAGUGUGAAUAUUGACUCCCUGAACAACCCCACUGACCCCUUUGUCACCAACAUUAAGAAAUUUCUCAAAUUCAGUUUCCUGAGCCCCAUUUUCAUGUUCUUAGUUUUGUUCCCCUUCAUUACCCCAGUGCUGGAGAAGAUGAAUGUCACUCUGUUACCCUCAGAGGUCAUGAUGUUCUUCAAGAAUGUCUUCAAAAAAAUGAGGGAGGAACGAGACAAGGGCAGCAGCAUGGAUCGCGUUGAUUUUCUGCAACUCAUGAUUGACUCUCAGAACUCACAUGACAGCUCCAAGUCUGCUGAGACCAACUCGGACAAAACAUUAAGUGAUGAGGAGAUUCUGGCCCAGGCUCUUAUCUUUGUCUUUGCUGGUUAUGAGACCACCAGCUCCACCCUCAGCUACAUAUCAUAUAAGCUGGCCACCCACCCUGAUGUGCAGCAGCAGCUCCAGGACGAGAUUGAUGCAAACCUGCCCAACAAGGCAGCCCCCACGUACAGCGCCAUCACGCAGAUGGAGUAUCUGGAUAUGGUGGUGAACGAAACCCUCCGGCUCUUCCCUGCUGGGGGACGGAUCGAGAGAGUCUGCAAGAAGACAGUGGAGAUCAAUGGUGUCACCAUUCCAAAGGGCAUGGUGGUCAUGAUCCCAGCCCACGUGCUGCACUGUGACCCGGAGUACUGGCCGGAGCCAGAGGAGUUCAGGCCUGAGAGGUUCAAUAAAGAGAGCAAAGAGGCUUUUGACCCCUAUACCUUCCUGCCGUUUGGGGCUGGCCCCAGGAACUGCAUAGGAAUGAGGUUUGCCCUCCUCAUCGUGAAAGUGGCCGUGGUUGUCCUGCUGCAAAACUUCACAUUCAGAACAUGCAAAGACACACCGAUCCCACUGGUUCUGGACUCAAAAGGUUUCAUGCAACCGAAGUAUCCCAUCGUCCUGAAGAUGGUUCCCAGAGCCCAUGCUGAUCUGGAGAAGUGAAGGAAGCAGGAACAGAUCAGAGAGUCUUGUUUGAUGGUGCCUUCUCUAACUCUUGAAAGGAACCCAGAUUGAUCUGUGUGCUGUAAAAAUGUCAGUGGUGCAAACCCCCCUUUCAUGACAGGGCAUUAAGGAGUUUGGCCCAGCAUAAUUACAUGAUCAUUAUCCUAAUUAAAAGUAGCCCCAGAUCUUGCUGUCCCCGAUCACAGUAGGCAUUUUGCAAGACCAUUUGCACUCAAGUUAUUUGGACUUGGUUUUUUUUUCUCUCUCUCUGAAGAAGCACUUUUCUAGGCAAUUUGCUUCCAGACACUGUCAGUCUCUUCUGGCAGUGUAAUUUAAAUCAAGAUAGGGAGAGCAAAUUGCACAGAGUUAAGUAAUGCUACCAUUGCUCCUGUUUCUUCUGCCUGCUGGGUGAUUCUGUGUGUCUUCUGGUUUGAUUCUCCUGGGAAUGCGGAGUUGUCCAGGGCUAUUUCCUUAGCUGUGUGCUAUGACCCUGACAAGUGCUAAAAUGUUCACAUCCUUGCAGGAGUGAACACUUGGGGCAAAUUUUCUGAUGCUGAUUUAUUGAGAUUUUCUUGUGAUUUUGGAUGGCUUUUGCAUAAGUCAGAGUGCAGAUGAGCUGACUGGAGGAGCCCAGAGACAAGCAGUUACCCCUAAUGACUAGAGAUUUGCAGAGUGGCAAAGAAGUGCCCACAUGUCUGUCUCCUCAUUGUUUAUUUUACCACAGGCAUGCAGCCAUCUCCUAUAGAAGGGAUUGUCAAGAAUCUAUACAUCUGUGCUGCUGUCAUGGCACCUUUUAGUCUCUUGAUUUACAUUAGGCCAUUGUAAGACCAGUUGAACUGGAUUAGUAACGGUGCAGGGUGCAGCACUUAAGUGCCCUCAGGUGUCCUGGAGAAUCCUAGACUAAAAGAAGUGUGUUGCCUUUUGCAGUCUAUAGCUGGAAAGUCAUGCUAGACUUGGUCAUUUUUGUGGAUUCUAGAAGAUCUGGAUGCUCAUAUUUAAUGUUAUUCUUCCAGAAGGUGCUUCUGCAGGGCUAACUGCAAUAAAAAGCUCAUUUACCUCUUCUGUACCCAA